UCCCUCCCUCCCUCCCUUCCUCCCUCCCUCCUCUCCGGCCCGCCCGGCCUGGCCCGGCCCGGCCCAGCCCGCCGCCCGCCAUGGCCCGGGACUACGACCAUCUCUUCAAGCUGCUCAUCAUCGGCGACAGCGGUGUGGGCAAGAGCAGUUUGCUGUUACGAUUUGCAGAUAACACUUUCUCAGGCAGCUACAUCACCACAAUUGGGGUGGACUUCAAGAUCCGGACUGUGGAGAUCAAUGGGGAAAAGGUUAAGCUCCAGAUCUGGGACACGGCUGGGCAAGAACGCUUCCGCACCAUCACCUCCACGUAUUACCGAGGGACCCACGGGGUCAUUGUGGUGUAUGAUGUCACCAGUGCAGAAUCCUUCGUCAAUGUCAAGCGGUGGCUCCACGAAAUCAACCAGAACUGUGACGACGUGUGCCGGAUACUAGUGGGAAACAAGAAUGAUGACCCAGAACGGAAGGUGGUGGAGACGGAAGAUGCCUACAAGUUUGCUGGGCAGAUGGGGAUCCAGCUGUUUGAGACUAGCGCCAAAGAGAACGUGAAUGUGGAAGAGAUGUUCAACUGCAUCACAGAGCUGGUUCUGCGAGCAAAGAAAGAAAACUUAGCAAAGCAGCAGCAGCAGCAACAGAACGAUGUGGUCAAGCUCACGAAGAACAGUAAACGGAAGAAGAGGUGCUGCUGAUGUCCUGCCCACGCUGCUGCAGAGACUGCGCUGUGGCCCCUCUGCCUGCCCGCCCGCCUGCCGCCCACCACGGGCCUGGGGGGAACAUUCUCAGUUUCGUGCCGUUAUUUAAAGAUGUUUUUCUCCACGUUUUCUAUUGGGAGGUGCCAUGGGCACUCUUUCCUCCCCUUCGAGUGCCAAGAAGGUGUUGGAUGAACCUACCCUCUCCUCCGUGCUCCCCCUCUCUCCCAGGGCCAAGGCGCCCGCAGCACGGGCACGGACGCUGCCAGCCGAGCGGACUGAUUAACCCAGAGUUUGUACAUAAUGUAUAUUGCUUUAACCAGUUGCGCCAUCUUCGUUUCGCUCUGGCUUUUGUCUCCUUAAUGCCAACCCACCAGGACUCUCUCCUUUGUCCCUCCUCUCUCUCCUCCUUCCCGGACACAAGCCGCUCCCCAGAUGUCAGGAUCAGGCCCUAGGCUUCUCUCCAGCUCCCUUGGACUGGCCAGACCGGCGUAGGGACUCCUUGCUCCCUUGUUGAGGCUACCAUGUCCUGCCCCCUUGUGGCUUUUUGGGUUCUGUCCCUAUUGUCCAUGCUGUGAGCUGGGCAUGGGUCUGGGAUGAGCCUUUGCCUUGCCAGACCCAGGCUUGCUCCUUAUCUCCUCCUCCUCUCCCCACCUUCUGCCCCUUCUUGGUGGCUGGGGAGCCUCUUGGUUCUUCCCCAGUUGGGCCCUCUCUCCACCCCCUCCUCUUGGUUCUCUCUGUGAACCUGAGUCCUGUCCUUUGGCCAAUGGAUAUUCCUUUUUGCCUCCUGGCCUCCUCCUUGGUUCUUUGGACUGCAGGCACAGGACAGUGUAGGCUCUUCAGUUUGUACCAAAAUGUUUAAAUUGCAGCAGAAAGCCAGGGGUGAGUGAGUGAGUGAGUGUGCGUGUGUGUGUGUGUGUGUGUGUGUGUGUGUGUGUGUGUGUGUGUGUGUGUGUUGGAGUUAGGGGGGUGGGGGGACAGGAGGCAAGGGUUACAGGUUUUUUAUAAAGUAAAUGAAGCCAAAUCAAAUCAUUUGAAAAAAUCCUUUGGCCCUGUCCCUUGGAGCCUCAGAGGGCAGCAGUGGCAGUGCCCCACCCUUCUGGUGGCCCUAGGGUUGGAAGGACUGACAUAAGUUAGAAAUGCUGAGGCCUGGGUUCCUCAAGCUCCAGAACAACCUUUGGGACUGUCUGUGGACAGGGCAGGGAAGGAGCGGGUUCUAGAUCCUGUCCCUCGGUUUCCUCAGUGGUCUGUGGCUGCAGCUCUUGGGUAGCUUGAGGAGGGCGUGUGGAGCUGCUGGCUCUGGGGAAAGGACCCUCUUGGGUUGGCUGACUGGUUCGGAGGAGGUCACUGACAGCCCAGUUCCUUGGUCCAAAGGAGGGUGGGGCCGGGCAGCAGUGGUCUCUUCUUGGGGGCGGGAGGAAGGGGAACAGGGGCAGAGAUGGGGGCUAGAAGCAGCCUCAUGACUGCUGAGCAGAACGAGCACAGCCCUGGGGGCUCCUUGGGACCCUGGCCAAGGUCCUCUGCACUUGAAUUCCAUACCUCCUUAACACCCCCUAACAAGGAUCACGUAACACGGGAGUAAUUUAUGUUCUCUCUCGCCGCAACUUACUUUGAUUUUUUUUUUCCUAAAUGAUUUCCAGGCAAAGUUUUGAUUGGACAAUCACAUCACGGAUCAGUUACUGCAGAUUUUCCAUGUAAACACUGUUGGGCGGGUUUUUAAUCAAUAAAAAGUGGGGAAUGUCA